GAGAUUCCUCCUCCAUCCCGUCGUGCAAAGCGGCGCUCGCAAUAUGGCGGCUUCCAUGCGACUAAAUAUAGUUAAGGGGGUAUCAUGUUUGCUGAAUGUUGCCCGUUGUGCCCCAUCUUCUCUUGUGAUCCCAGUAAGGACCAAGAAACGACUUAAACUUCCCUCUAGGAUCUAUGAUUCUUUGGAACAACAGCAAAAACACUUAAAAGCUAAAGAAAUGGCGAUGCCUGAAGAUAAGCUAUCGCAGUAUAUCACUAUUACCUGCACAAAAUCCGAAAAAUAAGGGCGAGUGAUCCUGACUUCCGCAUCAAAACCUUUGCAGAGAAAGCCCAAGGAAUCUAUAUUGAGGCACACAAUAAUCUGGCCAAUUUUAAUGAGGAGAAACUCCACACUCUAGUGACUGAACACUGUUACCCGGAAAUGGUACAAGGAAAUGAACAUAAGACCAUUCGAUGGAGAUUUCUGGAAUCAUUGGAGCCCCCUAGAGUGGUCCAGGUGCGAUGCCCAACUUUGCUGAACGAGGAUCUUUUGUAUGGGCAAGUGACAGUUCGAAUUCACCUUCGACAGAUUUUAGCUAUCUAUGAUCAGUUUGGGAGGCUUAUGUAUGGAAGUGAACAGAUACCAAAGGAUAUUCUGGAAUAUGCUGUGUUUGAAAAACAUUUGCUACACAAAACUGGCCAGUGGAGAUUACAUGACAAGAUUGUUCCAUCCUGGGCGCCUCCAAAAGAUCCUCUAAUCAAGACUGUUAUGAUCCCAGGACCAACCGUGACACCUUCGGAAGCUUAAGGAAGAAUCAUCAAGAGGUGCCAGAUCCACAUAUUUAAUGCGACAAAUAAUAAGACCAAAAAAACAAAACAGGAAGACAAAAUUGGAUAUGUUGGGCGAGCUUCUUAUGUGUUAUGCCUCUGGUUAAAUUAUGAGGUAUAUAUCAAGCUGUAUAAUCCCUAUAUUAUUCCAUUUUUCAGUCUUCCUUGCUAGAAUAAUUGAUGUGUACUUUGCGAUAUUGGUUGUAUAUUGUUACUUUUUGAUUAAUAAAGUAAUAGAUUUUAAGAUACAAAACCUAAUCAACUUUUAUUUUACAAUCCACUGAAAUCCACAGGGUCAGGAGCUUUCUCUGAUUUCAUAGAUGUAAGGGUAGUGACAGUUUCUUGAAUUAAAAAAAAUAUGGUACUUAUGUAGCUAGUAAUCUCAUAUUCUAUAUUUUUAAAUCAUCUAUAUCCUUUGUAGAUGAUUUAGAAAUUAUGGUUUGGAAUAAAGUUUUUAAAAGUUUUAAAUAGGUUUGAAGAUUGCACUUAAGAGCCAAGGUGGCG